GUCUAUCGAAAUUUCAUGGUUGCGUUGGAGGAUUCGAAGAACAUACUUAUGACGUUUUGGAAUGAACGAAUUAAUCAACCAGAAUCAAUGAAUCACUAUAUUUUACUAUGAAUUCAAGUCUUUUAUUGGCAGAGACACAAUGACAUCAUUAAUCGCUCUGCCUGCUAUUUCGAAAAUGUCAUAAAAAUACACCCGUAAUAUCAGCCUAUCCUGUGUUUUCUUACUGGAAAACUCCAUCGCACAUUAUAGGUUAGCAAUUUAUUCAAGCGGCUUUUUAAUAUUAUCGGUUAACAACAAUAACUCUCUUGCGUUACGAAGAAUUGCACUUGUAAAAUGUACAAUUAUAUGAGAUGUUUGAUUGUCUUAGUAAAAUUUCAUAGAAAAUUUUUCACACAAUCGAUCCAUGAAAAUAUUUUAUCACGUGUGAUCAAUUGUCAUACGAACACUCAUUGGAGUAAACGAUUUUAUUGUCACGCUACGAUUCAAGAGAAAGACAAUCGAACAAAUAUUGCUGUAAAAUUACAACAGGAGCUUGACAAAUUUCUAUCUGUUCCUGAAAAUAAGAAAGUCUUUGAAAUAUUACAAUUGGAGGUAGAUGUUAUGCGACACAAUGCUGAAAAAGUUCCUGAUGAACUUAAUACAAAAGACUGGUUGAUGCUGGUAAAAAUGACGACCAAGUCACAACGAAAAAAACAUCUCAAGUUUUUGUGGUUAAAUCAAAAGACACUGGAAAGUCAAAAAGCGAAAAAAGAAUUGAAAAAAAUCGAAGCGCUUGCUAAAAUGGCAGAAAUGAAACAAGAAGAUACUGGUGAAAUGAAAUAUGGACUUUCACAUAAUACAUUAUUUCUACGUAUAUAUGAUACAACCAUAAAUCGCUAUUAUAAUAAUAAAUUACUUCAAGCUAUGAUGUUUGAACCAAAAAUUGUGUUUGAUUGUGGAUAUGAAGAUAGCAUGACUCAACGUGAGAUGCACAAUUGUGCUAAACAGCUGACCUUGUCUUUUGCCAUCAAUCGCCUUCAUGUGAAUCCUAUGUCUCUUUACUUUUGUAAUAUGAAAAACGAUGGGUCGCUUUUACAAUACUGCAAUACCUUCAUGCCUAAUUUACUGGAUGAUGAUUUUCCAGCGAUUAUCACAUCACAAUCUUACUUAGAUUUAUUUCCAAAGAAUCAGCUAGUAUAUCUUACUCCACAUUGUAGAACAGAUAUGACUGAAUAUAAUCCUGAUAUGGUGUAUAUCAUUGGUGCAAUAGUAGAUAAGCACAAUCAACAACCUUUAUCUUUGGCAAAAGCUAAGAAAGAUGGUAUACAGAUGGCUAAAUUGCCCUUGGAAAAAUAUCUUCCUUGGGGUUCUGGUUCAACAAAGAGUUUAACGCUCAAUCAGAUGAUAAGUGUAUUGUUAGAUUUAAAACAUACAAAAGAUUGGAAAAAAGCAUUACAACAUAUACCAACCAGAAAAUUAAGAGAAGCCAGAGAACAUAUGUUAAAACAAAAAGUGAAAAAAUUUUUACACUUUAAAAAGUCAGAAGUUGAAAGAUCCAAUAUUUUGAAUUCAACUUCUAAAAUUAUAACAGAUUUUACAUUUGCUAGUAGAAAAACAGAUAAUUGAUAUAAUAAUUUAUUUUUUAAUUAUUAUACAUAUUAAGUUACAAUCAAUUACAUCAGAAAAAAGUUUUGUUAAUUA